ACACAUUACGUAUACGUGAAACGUUACGGACGCCGCCGAUGCAACAGUCAAGAAACCGUGUACAAGAAAAUUCACGUUGCCGGUAUCACGUGACGUGACGUCAGAUUGUGUUUAUUUAAUGUCAUGUUAAUCAUGUUAACAAUGUGGAAAUGUUAAAAUUAUAGUCAUGUGAUAGCGACUACAUUAUGUGAUUGUAUGUAUCUUAUGCAUUAAUUGCGGGUGGUGUUAUUUGUGAUUAAGGGAGGUGUCCUAGUUAUUUGUAGACUGAGACGACUGUGACUGAGGUGAAGUUGUAGGUUAUGUUAUUAUGAGUGAUUCAUCAGUGUUUUGAAAUUAAUAAAGACCCAUUGUCACACAUUCAAUUAUGUUAACUAUGCUUUUAAAAUAACUAUUUAACUUCAAUUUAUGCUAGUGUUAAGUCAUCAUGGGGUCUAAUCUAAUUAUUUGUUUAAUUCCUGCUAUUUUGGUGUUAUUUGGCUUGAGGAAACUAAGAGAACGUUCAUGGGGAUUUUGCAAAAACAAUACAACUUUGAAUAAUAAGGUCGUCAUCAUAACAGGUGCUAAUAGUGGUAUUGGAUAUGAAGUUGCAAAAGAAUUGGCAUCGAGAAACGCUGAAGUCAUUCUAGCUUGCAGAAAUGUUGAUUUGGCCAAAAAAGCAAUAAUGAGGAUUGAAAAAGAACUUCAGAAAAAACUGAAACUGCGAGCAAUGGAACUUGAUUUGGCAUCAUUAAAAUCUAUUGAACAAUUUGUUUCAAAUGUUCAAGACCAGUAUCCUUAUAUACAUAUUUUAAUUAACAAUGCUGGACUAGCGUAUCCCAAAAACGAAAUACAUUUGACAGAAAAUAACUUUGAAAUGCAUUUUGGCGUCAACCAUUUGGGUCAUUUUUAUCUGACAACUUUACUCUUAAAUACUUUAAGAAAGUCAGCACCAAGUAGAAUAAUAAUAGUUAGUUCUUCUCUUCAUGAAAAAGGUGCAAUCAAUAUAGAUAAUUUGGAAACUGUUGCUCAAGGCAAAAAUUUAUAUGCAAACUCCAAACUAGCAAAUAUUUAUUUUUGCAAAGAAUUAGCAAAAAGAGCAAAGUGUACUGGUUUGUCUACAUAUGCAGUGUGUCCUGGUUGGGUGUACACAUCAUUAUUUCGACAUUCAAUUCGUUGGUACCAUUACAUUUUAAUUGCUCCGAUUGCCUUCUUUUUUAUGAGGAGUCCAAAGCAGGGUUCCCAAACAAUUAUAUACUGUGCCACCGAACCAAGUCUAGAAAAUGAGACAGGAUUGUUGUAUCGGAACUGCACUUCUUACACAUCAAGAGUAAAAUUUGAUGAUGAUACUGCUUCCAAACUGUGGGAGAAAUCAGAGUACUUAAUCAAUAGUAGACUUGGUUAAUUUCUGUAGUUGAUCUUUGUGGUUUGUAAAUUAAAAUAUACAAAAUUA